AUGGAAGAUAGUGGUUUGUUGGAUGUGCGGUGUAAAGGGAAAAAAUAUACUUGGUGUAGUGGUGAUCGAAGGGCCAUGAGUAGAAUUGAUUGGUUCCUUGUGUCGGAUGUUAUUGUUAAUAGAUGGGGGGUGGUUGGUCAACUUGUAGGGGAGAGGUUUUGGUUAAAUUUGAGGAUAAAGGAAAACAUGCUUGGUCAAAAAUCAAGACUUAAAUGGUUAAAUGAUGGAGAUUCAAAUAGUAGUUUUUUCACAAGGAUGGGUUUCGGUAUGAGGUGGAGGAGAUGGAUGGAAAAGUUUGUUUUUCAAAGUAGUAUGUCCGUGUUGGUUAAUGGUAGUCCGACGAAGGAGUUUGUAGUGGAGAAAGGUUUAAGGCAAGGGGAUCCUUUAUCGCCUUUUCUUUUUGUGUUGGUUACCGAGGGCCUUGCGGGUCUUGUUCGGACGUCGUCCGAGAACGGUACUUGGAGACAAGUGUGUGCUAUUAAAGUGGUGUUGAAAUCUUUUGAGCUUGUGUCGGGUCUUGGAAUUAAUUAUCGUAAUAGUAAAUUGGUUGGGAUUAAUGUGAAUAAUAAUUUCUUAGAUUCCGCUUCUUUUGUUCUUUCUUGUAUAGUGGAGGGUAGCAAAUUUUUGUUUCUUGGGAUUAUUAUUGGAUGUAAUCCAAGGAGAUAUUCUUCUUGGAUACAUCUCUUAUCGAAGAUGAAGAAGUACCUAGUGGGUUGGAAAAACCGAUUUUUUAGCUUUGGUGGUAGGAUCACUCUCUUGAAAUCCAUUUUUAGCUCGCUCACUAUUUUUACUAUGUCUGUUUAUAAGAUGCCGAUUAUGGUGGCCAAGGAAUUUACUAGGGUGCAAAGUAAUUUUCUUUGGGGAGGAGAGGUGGAGGAUAAUAAGAGAAGGAUUCAUUGGGUGAGUUGGAAGAAUGUGUGUCUUCCGCUUGAAAAAGGAGGGCUUGGCAUCAAAAACAUUUCAGAUUUCAAUUUGGCUCUUCAUAACAAAUGGAGAUGGAGAAUUCUAAAAGGUAAUAAUUCGGUUUGGUAUAACUUGUUGAAAGCCCGUUAUGGUGACUUAUCUAUGAAGAGCCUUUGCGGAGGUAUGCUUCCUUUAGACUCUGUUUCUUCCUCUUCGUCUACUUCUUCUUAUUGGUGGAAUGAUUUAAUUUCGGUUGGGAAAAGCGUGGGUGUUGAUCCUAUGAAUUUUAUUAAUGGUUGUGGGGUGGUUUUAGAUGUGAAGGAUGACAUUAAUUUGAAUAUUACGCUGGAUGGUGAUUUUUUGGUUGCUUCAUGUUAUGGGUAUUAUGCUGGAAUGCAUAUUCCGUUUGGUCCUUCUAAUAGGAAUGACGUUGCUUUAGCUUUAAUUUGGAAGUUGGAAGUGCCUUUCAAACUUAAAGCUUUUGGGUGGAGACUUUUUGUGAAUAGACUCCCGGCAAAGGAUUUACUUGUGUAUAGAAGAAUAGCUUUGUCUAUGGAUAAUACUAAGUGUGUUUUUUGCGGUAUUGAUCUGGAAAGUCGGGAUCAUUCUUUCUUCAAAUGCAAGAUGGUGGAGGUGGCGUGGAGGGAGGUUGCAAUUUGGAUAGGAAAGUCGGAUGGAGAUUUGGAAGAAGAUUGUUUAUCGUGUUUCCUGGAUUGGCUUUAUUUUUGUAAAAAAAGAAGGUGA